AUGGUUACUCGCGCACUCAAGAUGUUCGACGGAAUGCCUGACGGAUCGGAACGGCCCUGUGCAGAACGAGUCGGCGAUGAACGAGGAGGGGAUCUACGAGCGGCCGUGGCGGCCGCGCGCGACCAGCUCGCCGCCCACGCCGCCAGGCUCGAGAAGGAGUGCGGCCUCUAUGAGCGUGACCUGGAGCGCGCCAUGGAGUCCUGCGACGAGCUCGCCAGGGAGAGCGACGACCUGCGCAAGCGCCUGCGGGACGCCCCCGACGUUACCACACUGAACAAUGAAGUGGAAGCCCUGCAGAGGGACAAGGAGAUACUGAGGACCAAUCUAAACAAAGCAGAGGAGGAAACCCUACCGCCGCAGAAGCAGCCAUGUGUAUCGACCUCGUUGCCGGUGGGAGGAACAAGAGGACCAAGCGCGUCGCGCCCAAGUCCGACGAUGUCUACCUCAAGCUCCUCGUCAAGCUCUACCGUUUCCUGGCGAGGAGGACCAAAUCAAGUUCAACGUCGUCAUCCUCAAGAGGCUCUUCAUGAGCAAGACUAACCGCCCGCCGCUCUCCAUGCGCCGCCUCUCCAACUUCAUGAAGGGAAAGAAGGGGAGCCUUGGCGCAGUGGUAAAGCUGCUGCCUUGUGACCAAGAGGUCAUGGGUUCAAGUCCUGGAAACAGCCUCUUACAGAAAUGUAGGGAAAGGCUGCGUACUAUAGACCCAAAGUGGUCGGACCCUUCCCUGGACCCUGCGCAAGCGGGAGCUACAUGCACCAGGUUGCCCUUUAGAAGGGAUCUGGAUAGGUUGCAACUGGGAGUAAAAUAUGCGUCCAAACUGAUCGUCUGGUGCGAAAAUCGACGACCAAGAUCCACUUCAGCUUGGUAGUGACCUGUGAGAGAUCUGUGGUGGUAAGCGGCACGUGUCUGAUCCCUGGGCAUCGGUUCAUUUUUUAUGUUUGAUCCUGGCUGUCGGUUGCCUGUCGGGAUGGCGGAUUCUUUUCGGUUGUUAUGGUAGGGAACCCCUUCGUCCCUAACUUCAGUAUGCAAACUGAUUAUCUAUCUUUUGCAAGCUGAUUAUCUAUCUAGAAAAUGUUGCAGUUGUGGUACUACAUGAUCUUACUAAUGCUGUCUUUUUUUUUACUCUUGUAAACCGAGCCCUUGCGUUGCGUCUGCAAGAAGUAGUGCUACUGCUUGUUCAUAAUGGCUGAUUGCUUACUGAAUCUUGUUUUGCAAACUGAGAAGAUUUAGAAUGAUGCAUUUCCGCUGCUAGUGAUUUCUUCAGUCUGACCUGAUUAGUAAGUGCUUGUACUAAUCUCUGCCAUGUGUUUGUAAUAGUGCAAGUUUGGCUUCCAGAUGAGAUCUGGCUUUCAGAUUCUUCUGAAACUGAACGCAUCUAUGUUUGGCCAUUUGUACUACAUCUUUCUGAACCGAACACUGCCAUGUUUGGCAAACUGAUGAUACGUGUAUCUUUGUUGAACUCUGGUUAUCUGCAAGUAGAAGUGCUCCUCUUUUGGUUUCCUUUGUUGCUUUAUGCAUAAGAAUAGGCUGAUAAGAACAGAACAUUGAUACUUUGCAUGCUAUUAGCUGAAUGGAUGGCUGUGGUAGUAGAAUGGUAUUAUUGUUUAGGUGCAAUUUGAUGUAGUGAAGUUUUUUGCACGACUCGCACUUGUCAAAAGCAUGAUUGUAUUGUGAGCCAAUAAUUUCUUGGAGUCUUCUUA